GAGGAGCAUAACCAGGGCGAGGAGGAGGUAUGUUCCUUCGCUCAGGUGUGGUGACGGAGAACUCCAAGGGACUCGAGGACAUUCCACUCAGUGCCUCGCCGCACGGUGGCGGAUCUGCGCAUCGACGACAACGACAACAGCCAAUUUUCGGGAUAUGGCCCCUCAGAGACCAUGACAGCGACGAAGACCAUUUCGUGGAGCAGUGACUCCAGUGGAACUGAUGGAGGAUGGCGUUUGUGUUAUCAGGUGGAAGUGGUUGUGAUUGAUGCUAUUUCCUCGGGGUCCAUCUUCACCUUCGACCCGCUACAGUGGAGCCGCAUGGUUGGCGCGGAUGAUUGGCGACGGUCGUUAGAUGGCGGCACUUACGGCGUUAUGCAGUCCAGGAACGGCAUGCUCGAGUGGGCUGGCGAGGUCACUGUCUCGCAGACGGGCCAGGGGAGCGGCCAGCGCUCGGAGGGAUCCUCUGGAGGGCAGUGGCGGAAAGGAGACGUGAUAAUUUUGGACCACUCUCAUUGCCCAUGUAGUUUCCCCUUCGAGGCCGCAGGAUCCUGGCACGCAGCGUGCACUCUGGACGGCGACUACAACAAUCAGUAUUACUGCAUGACGAAGAAGGUCGAGAAGAUCUAUUGCUCGGUCUAUUCGUCGUGCCCGCUCGAAACGACAACGACAACCACUUCGUAUUUCUUCCCCAUGUGUUCCGACAAUUCCGAGUGCGCCUUGGACUCGAACAGCAACUGUGCUCUGACCUACCUCGAGAUCUCGGACUGCUACACCACCAAGGAGAUCGUCGCUGCGGCGGGCCUUCCGUCCUGCCCAGACACGGCGAAACCGAGCACCGUUGUCUUCAUGAGGGAGCACAAAGUCCCCUUUGCCGUCACCCUCGCCGUGUUCUCGCUCGUCCUCCUGCUGCACCUCGCGCAGGUCCUCUGGCGGCGGGCCCAGCAGCGGCGCUCGCAGCGCAUGGAGGCGGUGGCCACGGCCCACGACCUCGGCGUGGCCGUCGGGCGCCGCUUCAUCCCCUCGCACAGCGUCAACACGCACCAGUUCCGCGGCAUGCGGCCGGCCGGCUCCUCCGUGUCCAUCCGCUUCCAGGAGCUGGGGCUCCGGCUGAAGGACGGCAGGAGCGUGCUCGAGGGCGUCACGGGAGAAGUGCAGCGCAGCCAUCUCGUGGCCAUCAUGGGUCCCUCGGGCGCGGGCAAGACCACCUUCAUGAACGUGCUUGCCGGCAGGGCCACGUACGGCAGCAGGACCGGCAAGGUGUUCUUCAACGAUGCCGAGGUAAACCCGACGAGCUUGCGCCCAACUUUCGGCUUCGUUCCACAGGACGACAUUGUCCACCCGCGGCUAACGGUGCGCGAGAAUCUCCACUUCGCCGCCCAGCUGCGCAACUCGAGCGACACCCCCGCGGCAGCCAUCGAUGACAUCGUCGACGAUGGCAUCGCGGGGGGGCAGCGCAAGAACUCGGGGCCUCGGCCCCGGAGCCUGGAGCUGGUUCGCGUGCCCGGCCCUUGGUCUAACCUGGACGAGCCCAGUAUGGGCCUGGCACGGCGGAAGACUCGAAGGACCCGAGGACAUUCCAGCUCGUGCCUCAGGGCACGGUGGCGGAUUAUCAUGGUGAUCCACCAGCCGCGGUACCAGCUCUUCACGCUCUUCGACGAUGUACUUCUUCUGGGGCCAGGGGGCAGGACCGUCUUCCUCGGGCCUUCCCAGAGGGCGAAGCCGUACUUCGAGGGCUUGGGGUUCCAGAUGCCUGAGUGCGAGAAUCCUGCAGACUGGUUCAUGGACGAGUGGGCCAAGGUUGAUGUCGAUCAAUCAGGCUACCUGGACAAGGCUGAGCUCAUCUUGCUGCUGAAGAGGUGCGGGGUAACGAGCCCGGACGAGCAGGGCGUGGACGAUCUGAUGGGGCACAUCUCCUCGGAUCGGCAGCGUGUGUUGUUCCAGGACCUGAUCGGGUAUGUGAUGGGCAUGUCCAGCGUCAUCGCCAUCGACAAGGACAUCUCGGACCGUAACAUUUCCUCGUCCCGGUCCCCCAAGUCUGCUGGCACUCGUGCCGAGCAGAUUGGCGAGGAUGCAGUCGUUGCGCUCCUACCAGCACCCGCCGGCGUGGCAGACGACGCGGGCGCGGGGGGGGCGGCGAGUCCGGGCGCCUGCCCGCAGUUCCUCACGCUUGUGAUGCGCCGGGUCGUGCAGUGGUUCCGCGAGAGCAGGCAGCGGCUCACCGACCUUGGGCUCAUAUCAGGCUGCGCGGUCGUAGUCGGGCUGCUGCACAGGGGCAUCUACACGAAUUCAAACGAGCUUGCGGCGAAGAUCUCUACCUUCCACAUGAGCCUUGCGCUGCUGACGUCUGUCUCGUGCCUGAAGGUAUUUGGAGACGACAGGGCGAUGUUCUGGCGCGAGAGCGGCGGUGGCAUGAACGUCUUUUCCUACAUGCUUGCCAAGAUGUUUGGCAACAUCCCCGACCUUCUUCUGCAGUGCACCCUCUACACCAGCAUCUAUUUCCUGAUUACCAUGCCGUUCGUCUCUUACGACCACUACUGGGUUCCGUGCAUCUUGCUGGCGCUGGCCGCUGCCGGCUGGGGAUAUUUCCUUUCUUCAGUCCUUCCGCCUCAGAAUGCGAUGACGGGAGUGGUCAUCAUCGUGCUCGUCUUCUGUGGCGUGUUGGGCAACCCCGCCAAGAUCCCAGACCGAUUGCAAGGCGGCGUCAUGGAGGUGGUGUUGCUCUUCUCCAUGUCGCGUUGGUCUGCGCCGAUGACCUUCGUUGCCGAGAUGAAAGACGCACAUUUUCACGACAGGUGUGUCACACAGUACCUGGAGGGAACGAUGGAUGGCUACAGCAACGCCACAAUGAGCGCAUUCGACCAGCACCAGUUUUUAGACUACUCGCUGCCGGCGCCUCAUGUUGACGUUCUGGACUACGUCGAAUGCAACGGACGGUUCGCCCUCCUGCUCAUGGCUACCAUGUUGCACAUCGGCUGUUACCUCGGCCUCAAGUUCACGAACCGCGACAAGCAGGUAUGA